UAAACGGACCAACGAGGCCUCCGCAUACUCGACUCCCCCGGACUCACAAUAUGAAUAGAUCACGACGCCCCCAGCGCACGUUAGUACUGCCCCCUUCGCUUCUCGCCCCUUCUCCUUCCGCUCCCUAUUAUAUCUAUCUUACCCCUGCGAAACCCCCGUUUUUCCGUUCGCCAUUGGAUUUCGUUUACACAUCUCCAGACUUCUCCUUUCCCCGCCUUGUUCUCCAUUCUUUUUGCUCGAUUUCGCUAAGGGUUCCAUCCGAUUCGAGGCUCUCUUUAUCCUUUUUAGGCUUAGGGGGUUCUUCCGUCGGAUUGAGGAAGCGAUAUUUCAACGGGCUAUAAGAUGGAACAUUCGAUGGAAGACUAUGAGGAUUAUGAUGAAUAUGAAGAUGAUGAUCUAAUUGAUGACGGGGAGGAGGAAUAUGAAGAGGUAGAGGACCCUAAGCCUACCAAGGAAGAAUUAGAAUACCUUGCACUAAGGCAACGGCUGAAAGAAAAAAUUAGAAAGCAGUCAAAAAAAGAUGGUGGGUCUCACUUGAAGUCUCACUACAAGAAGCUUCCUUAUGACAAUUUUGGUUCAUUCUUUGGACCUUCUCAACCUGUCAUUUCUCAAAGAGUAAUUCAAGAAAGCAAAUCAUUAUUAGAAAACCAGCACUUGGCCUCUAGGGUUUCUGACCACGUUCAUGAUAAUAGGAAGAGUCCAGGUUCAAACAGUGUAGCUUCAAAGCCUCGGGUACCACCAAAAAUCAUAAAUGAGAAGAAAACGAAAGUUCAAACGUUGAAGGACACCAGAGACUAUUCCUUUCUAUUUUCCGAGGACGCAAAUGUUCCUGCUCCUGCAAAGGAGUCCUCAACAAGUGUUUUUGCUCCAAGUACUGAGGCACGUUCAGCUCAUGUUCCCAUUAAAAGUAAACAGCCUCAGGGUAAUCCUCGUCAGAAUAUUCAUGUCAGUCAAAAUGUUAAGAAAUCUGUUCCUAUGAAUGGCCAAAUGCAGUCCAAAAACAAGCCAGUAUCUUCUGGCAAUCCUAAUUUGUCAAUGAUGAAGGCUAAGAGACCAUUGGGUAAUAGCAACAACGGGAAUGGUCCUGGCCGGCCAAUGGGUAAUAGCAACAACGGGCAUGGUCCUGGUCGACCUGUGGGUAAUGGCAACAAAGUGAAUGGUCCUGGUCGGCCUGUGGGCAAUAGCAACAAUGGGUAUGGUCCUGGUCGGCAAAUGGUGGCGCCAAAAGCCCCAUCUGCUCUCAUGCAGAAGAAACCUUCUCUACCAACUACAAAGAGUCCUGUACCUGGUGUGCACAGACCAUUACCGGCCAAAAAGCUUGAAGAUAAGAGGAACGAGAUGCGACCACCUUCUAAGGCCAAAAUAGCACCAAAUCGGCCAGUCUCAUCAUCGAGACCACAGACGAGCAAACCACAGCCACAAAGACAGAUUUUGUCUCGUCCAGGUUUGAAUGAUCAGCGACCCAAGAAAAGACCUGCAAGACCUUAUUCUGAUGAGGAGGAUGACGAUGGUGGAGAAGCUAUUAGUCUAAUCAGAAAAAUGUUCGGAUAUAAUCCUGCAAGAUUUUCCGGAGAUGAUGAUGAUAGCGAUAUGGAGGCCAACUUUGAUGAUAUAAUGAUGGAGGAGAAAAGAAGUGCAAAAAUAGCUAGGAAGGAGGAUGAAGAGCAACUUCGUCUGAUCCAAGAAGAAGAAGAACGGGAGAGGCGUGCGAGAAUAAAAAGGCUUAAAAGAGCGAAGGCUUGAAAGAGCAAAGGCCAGCAGUUAGUGAUUCUUUGGGAAAACUUUAUAUGGGCACAUUUAAAUUUUUUGUUAGUUUGAUGAAAUCAUGGAAGAAGUCCCCCCUUCGCUUCAAGUCUCACGGUUGGUUGUAUUUUCAUUUCACUUAGCACAAAAAGCUGCUGCCAGCUUAAAUUAUGGGGAUUUCCUUUUUUUUUGUAGGUUCUCGAAAUUUAAUUUUUAACUUCUCACAACAACAUUGAAGUCACACCCUGUAUUUACCUAAGGCUCUAUGGCGACCCAAUUCACCUUCCAUUUCUCAAUAAUAUUCUAC